AGAGGCCCCGGCGCUGAGGGGACGGGAGGAACCGGCGAGAGAGGCCCCGGCGCUGAGGGGACGGGAGGAACCGGCUAGAGAGGCCCCGGCGCUCUCGGCUCGGAGGUAUAUUUCAAUGAAUGACUUAAAUGACCCCCCAAAUUGGAAUAUCCGGCCCAAUUCCCGGGCUGAAGGAGGUGAUGGAAGCAGAUGGAAUUAUGCCCUGUUGGUUCCAAUGCUGGGAUUGGCCGCUUUUCGUUGGAUUUGGUCUAGGGAGUCCCAGAAAGAAAUAGAAAAGGAGAAAGAAGCAUUCCGUCAGAGAACAGCUGCUUUCCAACGAGAUCUCGAGGCCAAGUACCACGCUAUGAUCUCAGAAAACCGCCGGGCUGUCGCACAGCUGUCUUUGGAACUUGAAAAGGAACAAAACAGAACAACUAGUUACCGGGAAGCCCUUAUCUCUCAGGGCCGCAAGUUAGUAGAAGAAAAGAAGCUUCUGGAAAAGGAACGGGCUCAGGUCAUGCAAGAAAAGAGGCAGUUGCAGCCCUUGAGAAGUGCGUACCAGAGCUGCCUGGAAAGGGAAGAAGACUGGCAGAGGAGAGCUAGGCUGCUGCUGAGGGAGUUUGAAGAUGCUCUAGUGGAGAGACAGAACAUCUACUGCAGCCUGGUCCUCCCUCGCAGCAAGCGGCUGGAAAUAGAGAAGAGCCUGCUGGUCCGUGCAUCUGUUGACCCAGUUGCUGCUGACCUGGAGAUGGUGACUGGUCUAACUGACAUAUUUAAACAUGAUACGUACUGUGGGGAUGUCUGGAACACCAACAAACGCCAGAAUGGGAGGCUCAUGUGGCUGUACCUCAAGUAUUGGGAGCUGAUUGUCGAACUGAAGAAGUUUAAGAGAGUAGAGAAAGCCAUACUGGAAAAGUGAGACAAAAAUGAAAUGGAGCUUUUUCAUUUGGGGGUACCCAGAGUCUUCCGUUUCUUCUGCAGUGUGUCUUCCCUGUCAGGCCUCUGGGGGACAGGCUUCCUCUUCCACGCUCUUCAGCUAUUGAGAGUAUGGUUUCUCUGGAGAAUUUUUUUAAGCUGUCAGUAUUUUAUUUGCUAUGAUCUCGUGUUUUAGUUCUAGGGUGAAAGUUGUUUUUUAAAAAAGUAAAAUACAAAGUUGAUCUCACCAUAAGUACUUUUUUGAUCUAUUUUUAUCGCUCCCUAAAUUAUGUUUCUUCCUUGAAUUAUUUUUCUCUCUCCCAAAAUUACAUUUAGAAGUUGUCAGAUUAUGGAUAAAAGUGCUUAACAGAUGGUAGUAAAAAGUAGCCAUAUUAUAUCCUCAAGGUUUUAUGUUGCUUUGAAGAUCUCUCCCACUCCAAUGGAAAAGCAAACAAAAUUCAAAACCCACCAAGUGUUUUUGUAUCCAGCUGGUACCCUAUAGUAUCUGUUUGGAAUUUGGCCUUGUCUAUAUUUAAUAUGCAGGUGUUUAUUAGCAAUGAUGUAUAAUAAAAAAUGCUUGCCCUUUAAAAGUCAUAAUGCCAUUUUUUAUUUAUGUGAUUCUUUACUCAUUACAAAUUUUUUAAAAUACCUUAUCUGUUUUUACCACAAACUGAGAGGGAGGCAGGGCACUUACUACCCCAUUUUUCACAGAACCAGAAUGGGCCUUUACUGUGUGCUUUUUGCAUCCACUCAUGAGGUGAUACUCCCUCACAAUCUCAUGUGAUGAGCAUUUCUGUUGCCCUCGUUUUACAGGUGAGGGAGCUGCAGCUGGGGUACACAAAAGUUAAGUAACCUGCCAAGGUCAUACAGGUGGUCAUGUUGGAUCCGACAUGAACCCAGGCACUUUAGUUUCGUAGCUGUUAGUGACCUGUGUACGAUUAUUUAGUAAGUGGCCAUGCAAGGUCUGGAGCAAGGUUAGCUACCUGUUACAGAUCCCAUGCUCUCCUGCUAUCCCAGUCUGUCUGCGUACACUGGAAUAAGACAAGCUAUUAAAAACGUUAAGGUUAUUGGAAACUUAGUUCAAUUCAGGGUAAUAGUCAUAACCAUAAGAGCUACUCUUGGUUAAGUACAUGUUGUGCUCUAAGUCUUACAUAAUUUGUGGGGUAUGCACGUGUUGUUUUUAGUCCUAGAACUGUUCUUCAUACCAGGCUCAGAGGGCUGAAGUCAGUUGCCUGAAAUGGACAUGGGCCUUCAGCUCCAGGAUCUUGGCCAAUGUGCUCUGCUCAGAGGGCAUGAUGCUUCUUCCCUGACCACUCAGCAUGUCUUUCUGCUAUAUCACCAUCACUUCAUCUGAUCAAAGGAAAUUUCUUUAGGCAAAUCUGGACUAGAAUGUUUCUCUAGUAAUCUAGUGGAUUCCUGGUGGAUUAUACCCUUGUUUAACGAGUUAGUUGAUGUUCUAGUUCCAGUUAUUCCACUGGUUUGCUGUGUGUCCUUGGACAAACCACUUAAUGCUUUUCUCUUGGUUUUAUCUUUAAAACAAGGAAAAUACAGUCACGCAUUUUAUGGAUUUUUCAAGGCGUUGUGAACUCUUCAGUGUUACUCUAAUAUUCAGCAUGCUCUCAGCCUUGCUCCCUUCAAUGUUUAGAUAAAUAUGUUGGGAUAAUUCACACCCAUUUGGACACUGGCUCAGUACAGCAAAAUUAGUUUCCCAUAGAGAAUUAGGUUGUUGUUGAUGUUGUUAGGUGCCAUCAAGUCGAUUGCGAGUCAUAGCAACCCUGUGUACAACAGAAUGAAACACUGCCCAGUCCUGCACAUUCCUCAUAAUCGCUGUUACACUUGGGCCCAUUAUUGCAGUCUCUGUGUCAGCCUAUCUCAUUGAGGAACUUCCUCUUUUUCUUUGACCCUGUACAUGUCCUUCUCCAGGGACUGAUCCCUCUUGAUAACAUGUUCAAAGUAUGUGAGACAUAGUCUUGCCAUCCUUGCUUCUAAGGAGCAUUCUGGCUGUACUUCUUCCAAGGCAGAUUUGUUAUUUCUUCUGGCAGUCCAUGGUAUAUUCAGUAUUCUUCACAAUACCAUAAUUCAAAGGCAUCAGUUCUUCUUCGGUUUUCCUUAUUCACUGUCUGGCUUUCACAUGCAUACAAGGCGAUUGAAAAUACCAUGGCUUGGGUCAGGCACACCUUAGUCUUCAAGGUGACAUUUUGCUUUUCAACACUUUAAAGAGGUCUUUUGCAACAGAUUGGCCCAGCACGAUAUGUUGUUGAUUUCUUGACUCCUGCUUCCAUGGGUGUUGAUUGUGAAUUCAAGUUAAACUAAAUCCUUGACUUCAAUCUUUUAUCAUGAUGUUGCAUAUUGGUCCAGUUGUGAGGAUUUUUCCUUUAUGUUGAGGUGUAAUCCAUACUGAAGGCUGUAGACUUUGUUCUUCAUUAGUAAGUGCUUCAAGUCCACUUUCAACAAGCAAGGUUGUAUCAUCUGCAUAUCACAGGUUGUUAGUCUUCCUCCAAUCCUGAUGCCCUGUUCUUCAUAUAGUCCAGAUUCUGGAGUUAUUUCCUCAGCAUACAGACUGAAUAAGUAUAUUGAAAGGAUAUAACCCAGAUGUACAUCUUUUUAAACCGUGGAGUAUCCUCUUGUUUUUGAACAACUGCCUCUUGGUCUACGUACAUGUUUCUCAUGAGCGCAAUUAAGUAUUCUGGAAUUCCCGUUCUUCCCAGUGUUACCCAUAAUUUGUUACAAUCCACAUUUGAAUGCCUUUGCCUAGUCAAUAAAACACAGUUAAACAUCUUCUUGGUAUUCACUGCUUUCAGCCAAGAUCUACCUGACAUCAGUGAUAUCCCCCAUUCCACGUCCUGUUCUGAAUCCAGCUUGAAUUACUGGCAGUUCCCUGUCAGAUGUAAUGCUGCAACUACUUUUGAAUGAUCUUCAGCAAGGUUUUACUUGCGUGUGAUAUUAGUGAUAUUGUUCGAUAAUUUCCGCAUUCUGUUGGAUGAUCUUUCUUUGGAAUAGGUAUAUACAUGGAUCUCUUCCAGUCAGUUGGCCAGGUAGCUGUCUUCCAAAUUUGUUGGUCUAGGCGAGUGUUAUGGAUUGAAUUGUGUCCUCCCAAAAAUGGGUGUCAACUUGGCUAAGCCAGAAUUCCCAGUAUUGUGUGAUUGUUCACCAUUUUGUCAUCCGAUGUGAUUUUGCAAUGUGUUGUAAAUCCUACCUCGAUGUUAAUGAGGCAGGAUUAGAGGAAGUUAUGUUAAUGAGGCAGAACUCUAUAAGAUUAGGUUGUAUCUUGAGUCAAUCUCUUUUGAAAUAGAAGUAAGGAGACAGAGGGACCUCAUUACCAUCAAGAAAGAAGUGCCAGGAGCAGCGCAUCCUUUGGACCUGCGGUCCCUGUGCUGAGAAGCUCCUAGAGCAAGGGAACAUUGAUGGCAAGGACCUUCCUCAGAGCUGACAGAGAAAGAAAGCCUUCCCGUGGAGCUGGCACCCUGAAUUUUGACUUCUAGCCCCCUGGACUGUGAGAGAAUAAAUUUCUCUUAAAGCCAUCCACUUGUUUUUCUGUUGUAGCAGCAUUAGGUAACUAAAACAGUGAGUGAGCACCUCCAGCACUGCAUCCAUUUGUUGAAACAUCUCCAUUGGUCCAUCAAUUCCUUGAGCCUCACUUUUCACCAGUGCCCUCAGUGCAGCUUGGACUUCUUUCUUCAACACCAUCGGUUCUUGAUCAUAUGCUACCUCCUGAAAUGGCUGAACGUUGACCAGUCCUGUUUGGUACAGUGACUCUGUGUAUUCCUUCCAUCUUCUUUUGAUGCUUUCUGCAUCAUUCAAUAUUUUGCCCAGAGAAUCUUUCCAUGUAGCAACUCAAGGCUUGACUUCUUUCUUCAGUUCUUUCAGCUUGAGAGAUACCACGCAUAUUCUUCCCUCUUGGUUUUCUAACUCUAGGUCUUUGCACACGUCAUUAUAAUACUUUGUCGUCUUGAGCCGCUGAUUGAAAUCUUCUAUUCAGCCCUUUCACGUCAUUGUUUCUUCCAUUUGCUUUUGCUGCUCUGUGUUCAAGGGCAAGUUUCAGAGUCUUUUAUGAUACCCAUUUUGGUCUUCUGUUUCUUCCCUGUCUUUUGAAUAACUUUUGCUCUCUUUAUGUAUGAUGUCCUUGAUGCCACCCAACAACUGGUUUGGACUUUAGUCGUUAAUAUAAAUUAAUAUACGAUGUGUCAAAUCUGUUCUUGAGAUGGUCUCCAAAUUCAGGUGAGAUAUACUCAGGGUUGUAUUUUGGCUCUUGUGGAGUUGUUUUAAUUUUCUUCAGCUUCAAGUUGAACUUGCAUAGGAGUAAUUGAUGGUCUAUUCCACAGUCAGCCCUGGCCUUGUUCUGACUGAUGAUAUUGAGCUGCUCCAUUGUCUCUUCCCAUAGAUGCAGUCAGUUUGGUUCUUAGGUAUUCUAUCUGAUGUGGUCCACGUGUAUAGUUGCAGUUUAUGUUGUUCAAAAAGGAUAACUUGCAAUGAAUAGUUCAUUGACCAUGCAAAAUUCUAACAUGCAGUCUCUGACAUAGUUUCUAUCACCGAGGCCAUAUUUUCCAACUACUGAUUCUUCUCUGUUCCCAACUUUCACAUUCCAGCCACCAGUUCCUAUCAAUGCAUCUUGAUUGCCUGUUUGAUCAAUUUGAGACUACAGAAGUUGGUAAAAAUCUUCAAUUUCUUCAUCUUUGGCCUUAGUGGUGCAUAAAUUUGAAUAAUAGCCAUAUUAACUGGUCUUCCUCGUAGGCAUAUAGAUAUUAUCCUAUUACUGACAGUGUUGUACUUCAGGAUAGAUCUUGAAUGUUCUUUUUGAUGAUGAAUGCGACACCAUUUGUCUUCCGUUUCUCAUUUCAAUACUAGUCAUUUCAGCUAACUAAUGCCUAGGAUAUUAAUCUUUAUGUGUUCCAUUUCAUGUUUGAUGCCUUCCAGUUUUCCUAGAUUCAUCUGUUAUACAUUCCAUAUUCCAAUUACUAAUGGAUGUUUGCAGCUGUUUCUUCUAAUUUUGAGUCAUGCCACAUCAGCAAAUGAAGGUCCCAAAAACUUUACUCCAUCCUCGUCAUUAAGAUCGACUCUACUUUGAGGAGGCAGCUCUUCCGCAGUAGUAUUUCAAGUGCCUAACCUGAGGGGCUCAUCUUCCAGCACUAUAUCAGACAACGUUCGGCUGCUAUUCAUAAGGUUUUCCCUGGCCAGUAUUUUCAGAAGCAGACUGCCAGGUCCUUUUUCCUAGUCUGUCUUAGUCUGGAAGCUCUGCUGAAGCCUGUCCCCGAUGGGUGACCUGCUGGUAUUUGAAAUACAGUGGCAUAGGUUCCAGCAUCACAACAACACGCAAGCUACCACAGUACAACAAACUGACAGAUAAGUGGUGGAGAAUUCAUAGAUUUAAAAAAAAAUAUGUUGCCAUCUAGUCAAUUCCGACUCAUAGCAACCCUAUAAGACAGAGUAGAAUUGCCCCAUAGGGUUUCCAAGGAGCGGCUGGUGGAUUCGAACUGCCGACGUUUUUGAUUAGCAGCUGAGUUCUUAACCACUGUGUCACUAGGGCUCGUAAUUCAUAGAUAUAUAAUUCUUGUGUAUAUUUUGUUUGUGCACACACACGUAACACACAGAGAAAGACAGAGUGUUGAUUUCAGGAUUAUAAGGAGACAGUUCUGCCAUUAUUGCAUCAGAGAUGUGAUGUUACUACAGAGACGUGAUAUUACUGUAUUACUAAAGAAGACUCACUUAAAACACCAGAAAAUUUGUGUUCUUAAAAAGAAGUUAUGUUUGAUUAAAAUGUGUAACUGACUUUAUUUCAAUGUUGGAUUGUUUAACAAAGUCUAACUGCUUAAUAGUUUACUAAGAUCAUCUUUCUUUUUAAAGUAAAGAGAAGGGAGGAAAAGCCUUUCUAGUUCAUUUCACUGUCUUGACUCCACUGCGUAAAAGCAAAUCCAUAAUGAGCACACAUGGAUUUAUAAAGAAUAAGUGCCACAUGCGUUCCCGUCAUGAGGAGCUGCCUACUUAAUGCAGGUAUUUCUGUGUGAGCAGAAGGGACGCCCCGCAGCACUUAGGCAGUUAUCCUGAACAGAAUGACUGUAGUAUGUGAGUGGAAAUCAUAUCUUCGCCGGUCCUUGUGUGGCUGCCCGCUCAGCCAGGUGGUCAGAUGUCUUAGAGGAGACACGGGGACCCUGAGCCAGGACAGGGACGUCUGUCAGGCAGUUCAGGUGGGGCUGCUGCUGGGCCUGCUGGGUCUGCUUGGCCAGAUGUGGGUCCAGUCCUGUUUGAGUACCUGAGCUGGGUUAGGUGGGUCACUGCCAAAAGUGCCCCUCUCUUUAUUCUACAUGUGGCAAAAAUAGUUGCUAUAUUUCUGUAUAAAUUAGGACUCCGGUUGCGAGGAACAGAGGUCAAUUCAAGCUAGUUUAGACAGUUAAAAGGCAUUCAUUUUAAGGCUAUUUUGUGAAUCAAAGGGCAGGAAUGCAGGUGGAGUUAGACCUCUGAGAGGGACUGGACAUGGCAAAUCAGCACCUCUUGGGAGCCUAGGGGUGGUUCUCCUGUCCCAGACCUGCACAGCUGCCUCAGUCUUCUCUCCCUUAGUGUGUGGAGAGUGGCCACACCCACAGCUCCUGGGCUUGUGUGUUACCCCAGGAGACCCCUUGAUUCACUCCUAGCUCAGGUUCAUCAGUGAAUCUCACCCAGUCAGGGUCCAUCAUCUGUCCAUCCGCCCUGGCCCCAUGGCCACCAGCGUCUAGCCUGUGAACACGCAUCCGUAGAGAAGACAGCGCCCAUUACUCCAGUCCCCUCUUCCCCAUGGUCUGCAUCUGCCAGGCUGGCAUCCUGGUGGGGAGCCAGAUCUGGGGGGCUGGUGAGGAUGGGAGGUGCCCUUCCCCUCUGCCCAGUGCUGUUCUGUGCAUCUUUGCCAGAGCUUCCCCGUGGGCUUUACAUCCAGCACCUUCCGCUGCCCCCACCUGUGGAGAAGCUUAUGGCUAAGGACAAGAGGUGAAUCAUAGCACCUUUCCAGACUUCAGGGCUGCCAUCCCACAGGGCUCUCGCUUGCCACCCUGGUCCCUGUGUCUGCUUCGCUCAGCUCCCAAGUUUCGCACAGCAGUAAGACACUGACUUUGUCCCCAUUAGCAUCAUGAUAGUCUGGCUUUAAGCUCCCGGGACUGUGAUCACCACCAAACCCCAAGAAGUAAGGAUAUGCUGGCACCAAGCGUCUCUUCCCCUCACUGCUUGGUUCACAACCAAAAUGAUGACAAAAGCAAGGCCAGUCCAAGGGUGCUGGGUACAACCAAACCACUUUAUUAAAGGCAAGAUGUGUGAGGUUUCAAAAAGAAAUAGGCCACAUGGAGCACAAGGAGCCCAUUGGGGUACUGUCUUACAAAAAGCACUUUUGGUUCCAUGUUCUUGUAACCCAAUUCCACCCAAAUAGUCCCUGUGACAUUCCAGAAUCCUCUGUCCUCUGUAAAAUUCCUGCUUCUGUACUGCAACUCCCGCCCCAAACUGCAGCCCUGCCCUUCCCAGCCCACCGGGCUGUGAGGCAGCCAGCCCUUCUGCCCUCACAAGCGUGCAUGUAUGAAAUC